UUUAUUUACUUCUUGUUUCUCACAGUUUCCCUCUUUUCCUGAUCCAAUCUCAAAUAUAAACAAGGCAAUUUGAGUAGUGGCAGUGCAAUUUGACUUUAUCAACAGGAUUGAGUACUGGGUUCUCACCAAGUUUGGAUUUUUGACGGUGAAUUCAUAAAGGGUCUGGCAUUGAAUUUUGUUGCUUUCAGAAAAGCAACUCAAUAGAGGGCACCCAUAUGUCUUAAGCGGAUUGUGCAGGCGGUAUGUUAAAAAAGGGAUAGAUUGUGUCCACAAAAUGUUGGCUAUUGCUGUAUGAGAAUAAGCCGAAGGUGUUGAAAUGGCAAACAGCAAGUACGAGUAUGUCAAGUCAUACGGAGUUGAAGAUGAGAUCUUCUUGCCUAAUUUGAUUGUUGUUCGAAUUGAUGGCUGUGAUUUUCAAAGGUUUGCAGAAAUGCAUGAGUUUGAGAAACCAAAUGAUGAGGUAGCAUUGAAUUUGAUGAAUUCAAGCGCAGUUUCUGUGUCGGAGGAGUUUCCAGACAUCGUUUUUUCAUAUGGAUUUAGUGACGAGUACAGCUUUGUCUUCAAGAAGACGUCCAAGUUUCACCAGAGGCGUGCCAGCAAAGUAGAGUCUAUUAUAGUAUCUUUCUUCAGCUCAGUAUAUGUAAUGAAAUGGAGAGAAUUCUUCCCUCAUAAGGAGCUAAGAUACCCCCCCUCAUUUUGUGCAAAGGUUAUAUCCUGUGGUGCAAUAUAUGUCCUUCAGUCUUAUCUUUUGUGGCGACAAAAUGAUUGUCAUACAAAUAACCUGUGUAAUACUUGCCUAUGGGAGCUAAUAAUUAAAGGUGGAAAGACUGAAAGCGAAGCACUAGAGUUACUAAAGGGCACCUGUAAAGAAGAGAAAAACAACCUUCUUUUUGAAAAUUUUGAGAUCAAUUACCAAAAGUUAAAUGAAAUGUUUCGUCAAGGUUCCUGCAUUUUGAAAACUGAGGUGAUUGACGUAGUAAAGCACAAUGAGAAUGGUUCCCCUGUCCGGAGACUUAGGAAAAAGUUAAGAAUAGUCCAUUCAAAGAAUAUAGCGGGGAUAAGCUUUUGGAACAAGCACAAAUGUCUUCGGAAUGAGCUCGGUAGCUUCUCUAAGGACAUUGCAAAAGUUGAACCAGAUUUUCUCAAAUCCUUCCAGUUUGAAAAAAGAUUGAUGCCAUCGACUUGGAUUGUCAUUAGAAUUGAUGGUUGCCAUUUCCACAGGUUUUCUGAUGUUCAUGAAUUUGUGAAGCCAAAUGACGAGCAGGCUCUCAAGCUUAUGAAUUCAUGUGCAGUGGCUGUGGUAAAAGAGUUUCAAGACACAGUGUUUGCCUAUGGCGUCAGUGAUGAAUACAGCUUUGUAUUGAAGAAAGACUCUCAGUUCUAUCAAAGGCGAGCAAGUAAAAUAGUAUCUGUCAUGGUGUCACUCUUUACUUCCAUGUACACAAUGAAAUGGAAAGAUUUCUUCCCUGAGAGAGAUUUGAAGUACCCUCCUUAUUUUGAUGGCCGCGCUGUAUGCUAUCCAUCAUCUGAAAUUCUUCGAGAUUAUCUGGCGUGGAGACAAGUUGAUUGCCAUAUCAACAAUCAAUACAAUACUUGUUUUUGGCAGCUUGUUAAGUCCGGAAAGAGCAAAAGUGAAGCCCAGAAUUUUCUGAAGGGUACUCUAGCAGGUGACAAAGAUAAACUGCUCAAGCAAUUCGGUAUUGACUACAGCAAAUUGCCUGUCAUGUUCCGCCAAGGUUCCUCCACUUUCUGGGACAAGGGAGACAUUAUAAUGAUAAACAACAACAAGCCAUCUGAUGAAAAUUCUCAGAACAAAGUUGUUAUAGAGCACUGUAAUAUUAUCGAGUCAAGCUUCUGGUGUGCACACCCAACAAUUCUUAAUGCAUAGCCAUGGAUGCUGGAGGCACCUGGUAAAGAUUCUUCAUACCAACAUAAAUCUCUACCAAUGACAUGACUCGAAUGUUACUGCAAGUGAUCUGACAGGGAUUGAAGACUUCUAGUAAUUUAGAAACUGAUUGAGGAAGAAAAGCUUCCCAGUUGCCCUUUUUCGGUUUAGAACACGUAGACAAUAGGAAAUUUUCUGUAAAAAUGAAUUUUUGUUUAUGUGGCUAUUCGUAACCAUUGCUAGAUGUCAGGUUGUGAAGGAAUGUAUGGUUACUGUAAAUUCAACUGAUCUCUUCUUGCUAUGUUUGAAGCCAAUCAAGGUUGACUAGCAACUCGAUAACUUCUCAAAACCUGAAGCUCCUCCAAUGAUUUAUACAUGCAAACCUGAAAACAAUUCACUA